CGCCGCCGCCGAGCGCGGGCGAAAGUUGCGCUCCGGGAGCGCGGCGGGGGCGGCGGGACCGCGCUCCCUCCUCAGCCCCGGCUCCUCGGCCCCAUCCCGCUGCUCAGCCCGCUCCCGGCAGCCGCUCCGAUGCGGCGGAAGCAGAAGCGGCUGCUGCAGGCGGUGGGGCUGGCGCUGGCCGCCCUCGUCUUCUUGCCCAAUGUGGGGCUCUGGUCCCUGUACCGCGAGCGGCAGCUGGAGGGCGGCGGCGCGGCCGGCGGGGACGGGGCGGCCGCCGCGGGGGCAGCGGUCGGUGAGGCGCCGGCAUCAUACGUGAGGCAAAAGAAAGACUCUUACUAUGCUGAUGGACAAAGGAAAAAGGAUUGGCAUAACAAAGAAGCCAUAAGGAGGGAUUCUGAGCGUGUAGGAAAUGGAGAACAGGGCAAACCUUACCCAAUGACUGACGCAGAGCGAGUGGACCAGGCAUACAGGGAAAAUGGCUUUAAUAUCUUUGUGAGUGAUAAAAUUUCUCUGAAUCGUUCUCUUCCAGACAUCAGGCAUCCAAACUGCAAGAACAAGCUGUACCUGGAGAAGCUCCCGAACACAAGUGUGAUAAUCCCAUUCCACAACGAAGGAUGGUCCUCCCUGCUCCGGACAGUGCACAGCGUCCUGAACCGCUCCCCUCCCGAGCUGGUGGCAGAGAUCGUGCUGGUGGAUGACUUCAGUGACAGAGAACACCUGAAGAAACGCCUGGAGGAUUACAUGGCGCAGUUCCCGAACGUGCGGAUCCUGCGGACCAAGAAGAGGGAAGGGCUGAUCAGGACUCGCAUGCUGGGAGCCUCGGUGGCCAUCGGGGACGUCAUCACCUUCCUGGAUUCCCACUGCGAGGCCAAUGUCAACUGGCUGCCACCUCUCUUAGAUCGCAUUGCCCGAAACCGCAAGACUAUCGUUUGCCCAAUGAUUGAUGUUAUUGAUCACGACCACUUUGGAUAUGAGACUCAGGCUGGAGACGCAAUGCGAGGGGCCUUUGACUGGGAGAUGUAUUACAAGAGGAUCCCUAUUCCUCCUGAGUUACAGAAACCUGAUCCCAGUGAUCCCUUUGAGUCUCCUGUAAUGGCUGGAGGACUGUUUGCAGUCGAUAGAAAGUGGUUCUGGGAGCUGGGAGGGUAUGAUGCAGGUCUGGAGAUAUGGGGAGGAGAGCAGUAUGAAAUAUCCUUUAAGGUAUGGAUGUGUGGGGGUCGCAUGGAGGACAUCCCUUGCUCUAGAGUUGGUCAUAUCUACAGGAAAUAUGUUCCAUACAAGGUUCCCACAGGAGUCAGCCUGGCAAGAAACCUGAAGCGAGUGGCUGAGGUGUGGAUGGAUGAAUACGCGGAAUUCAUUUACCAGCGCAGACCUGAGUACCGGCACCUCUCCGCGGGCGACGUCGCCGCUCAGAAGGAGCUCCGCAACAACCUCAACUGCAAAAGCUUCAAGUGGUUCAUGAACGAGGUCGCCUGGGACUUGCCAAAGUUCUACCCACCAGUGGAGCCUCCAGCAGCCGCCUGGGGAGAGAUCCGCAAUGUGGGAACUGGACUGUGUGUGGAUACUAAACAUGGAGCCCUGGGAUCCCCCCUGAGGCUGGAAAACUGCGUGAAGGACAGAGGAGAGGCAGCAUGGAACAACGUGCAGGUAUUCACCUUCAGCUGGAGAGAGGACAUCCGUCCAGGGGAUCCUCAGCAUACCAAGAAGUUUUGUUUUGAUGCCAUUUCCCACAGCAGCCCUGUGACCCUCUAUGACUGUCAUGGAAUGAAGGGGAACCAGCUCUGGAGAUACCGAAAAGACAAGACCCUCUACCACCCAGUAAGCAGCAGCUGUAUGGACUGCAGUGAGAGUGAUCGAAAGAUCUUUAUGAAUAGCUGCAAUCCUUCAUCUCCAACACAGCAGUGGAUAUUUGAACACACAAACUCAACCAUCUUGGAAAAAUUUAACAGAAAUCUUGAUCUUUAAAAGACUGAGAGAAAAUAUAUAUAUA